AUGGGAUCUAUUUUACAGGUAGCAAGACUCAGAAGCAAACAUGAACAACAGUUCAAAGUUGACCAGGAGGAUGCUUAUCAGUCAGGCAACAACUCAGAAAAUGUUCGCAAAAUCACUGAAUUAAGAGGGGAGGUAAGGGAAAGGAACUGUGUAAGGUUUAAACUUUGCUUGUAAAAAAAUUAUUUAUUCAGUUAAAUCAAACGAACUGGCACUAAAAUUCCUUUUCAUCCAAGAAUUUCAAAACUUGAAUUCUGUUGCAUGAGCUGUAGCUCAACUGUUGAGUGCAUAAUUGAAAUACUAAUGCCAUAAACUGCUGCGUAGAAGCUCUGGGUUUAUACAUCUUUGUAAGGGGUGUUAAGAGGGCUACCGGCUUAAUAAACAGAGGGUAGUAAAAAGCUAUAGCAGUGCUGUUUAAAAUGUGUUAAAUUCACUGGUUUUUAAAUAAGCUUCCAAACAUGAUAAUAAAUCAGGGAUCCAUCUUCAUUUUUUAUCAGAGUCAUCAGACUUUCAAUAUAGGAAGAAUGGUGAUAAAAUUGUGUGCAGCUUGAUCAUUUUUUAUUUGCACUUUAUUUCUGCAGAAGCAUAUAUGCCUCUGAUUUCUGUUAUAGUUGCUAAUAAGGGGCUUUAACUAAACUGUAAAGUAAAACAGGCUACAGGCUUGAGGCUAAGCACUUUUUAUUUACGUUUUACAAGUAGCCACUUUUGCACAGUCUGUCAGUUUGGCAUGAAGGCAAGAGGGUACGCUUACCUUUUUCCCGGUAAAAGGCAGCAGCUUGUGCUCAUUUUUUCAGCCAAAGGUGGCAAAAUGCCCUUUAAAAAAUGCCAAAUCUUGAUGAGUGCUGUCACAUUUUCUGCAAAUGGCCCUUGAAUGUAGUUCUUCACAAAAUAAAAAAUGCUAACGGUUGACAGCAUGAAAACUGGGCCUGCAAUCCUUUCGUUGAAAAUACUGUACCAUCAAAGAUGGCGCACAAACGUACCAUUUCAUUCCAUAAAAAAGUUGUGUGUUAUUCCCUGUUAUUCUAAAAGUUUUAAGUGGACGAGAAGUAAUCAGAGCACAGGUAGAAUGUACACAAUAAAAUCAUAUAAGAAUUUUUGGAAAGAUUUUGUGGUUGAGUGAAACCUCACUCUUCCAAAGGACAGGGCUUCUGAUAUUUCGUGGAAAAAAAAACAAAAAUUUCACGGGAUUUUCAGGGGCAAAUUCGCAGAAAAAUCCGCUGAUUUCGCGGGAAAAAAGUCCAAAUUCGCACAACAAUCGGCCGAUUUCAGGCGAUUUUCGCGAGAGAAAAGUCAAAAUUCGCAGAAAAAUCAGCCCAUUUCGUGGGAUUUUAGUGGAAAAAAGUCAAUUUUUGAAGGAUUUUCAGAGGCAAAUUUUUAGGAAAAUCGGCCGAUUUCAGGGGAAAUUUUGGGGUGGAAACUUCGCCAAGAAACAAUCAGUAAAAAACGGCCAAUUUCGCUGGUUUUUUUUUUGGCAAAUUUCGCUAAAAUCGAUCAAUUUUGUGUCGAUAUGACCAAUGUUGGUAAACGUUUUUUUAAACAGGGAUAAUCAUUUGCUCUUUCAACAACAGUUCGCUCCAGAAAUGAGCGAAUGUUAAAGCCAUUAACAUUAUGGUUAGCGCCCAGUUUUUCGCAACGUUCAUCUAAAAAUGCCUGGUAGUUUUGGGACGUUGUUUACUCGUUGCAGUGACGAAGUUUCAAGCUAAAUUUGGACGUUGGGGUGAAUAAAACCGGUCUAAUAGCCAAGAUAAGUAUUAAAUAUGUUUUGCCGACAUGUAUUUAGAAAUAUUUCUGGUGGAUUUCGGGGUAUUUUGCGUUUUUUUGGGAAUUUCGCAGGAUUUCGCGGAAAUACCUGAAUUUCGCAGACCGCGCGAAAUAUCAGAAGCCCUGAAAGGAUGACUGUUGGAGUUAUUUCAAUCAUCCAUGCAAGAUUGUAGUCGUCUGGGACGACUGGACGACUGCGAAUAUGGAUCCCUGAUAAGUUGAAUUCACUUCAGUACAUUUGGAGGGGUGCUUAUAUCCGGGGGCACUUAUAACCAGGAGUAUUUUUCUUUCGGGGGGGGGGUCUUACAAGUGGCAGGGCUUAUAAGCGGCAGUGGUUGAUAAUGGCAAUAAGUGAGUGGCAUCUAGUUUUAAGUCAUGAUUGUNGGGACGACUGGACGACUGCGAAUAUGGAUCCCUGAUAAGUUGAAUUCACUUCAGUACAUUUGGAGGGGUGCUUAUAUCCGGGGGCACUUAUAACCAGGAGUAUUUUUCUUUCGGGGGGGGGGUCUUACAAGUGGCAGGGCUUAUAAGCGGCAGUGGUUGAUAAUGGCAAUAAGUGAGUGGCAUCUAGUUUUAAGUCAUGAUUGUGAUCACAGGUUGAGUUGGAGGAAACGAAGUUCUGUUAGCAAUACAACUGAUGAUAACUUUUAUAAUCGUUGCUAAAAUUAGGGAAUUACUUUAAGAUAAAAAGACAAAAUCACCUCAAACAAAACAAAUUACGAAUGGACAUAAAUAGCAAAGAAAUUAAUCUGGCCAAUCUCAAUUCAUUACCCUUUUCUUCAUACAGACUAUUCAUUGCCAGUAAGCUCAUGUCCUCCCAGAGGACUAUUUUUUCUCUCUUGCAAUGAUGUAAUUUAUCUCGAUUUUCAUUUACCAGUAUUUAUACACAACUUAAUCAUUGUUAAAUACGAUAUAAAAAGUAAAUAUCCUGAAGAAUACUCGACCGUCGAUAAAGAAGGAAGUGAAAACUUUUUGUGAGUAGAAUAAAUGACCUCUUCACUUUUUAUCUAUCUCAAGCAAGUAAGACUGUAACGCUUUAAGAGCGUUCUUGUUACUUCUAUUGUCACCCUGUCUAAACAAGAAUAGUUUGGUUGUGGAUAUUUUUAGUUAAAGGUAGCAAAAUCAACCACCUAUGGAAGCAAAAAUAUAAUUUCAUCGCAUUGUACAACGAUGACUUAAUUAAGUACAUUACUUACAAUGUAGCUAAUUGACCCAUUACAUGAUGGUGGAACUUUAUUAAUUGUGUAAAUAUUUUAUUGACAGAUUGAAAGAUUACAGUUGGAGAACACAGAAGAGUGGGGCAGGCGUGAGAAGUUGGAGAGUGAUAAACUGGCCUUAGAGAGGGAAAUAAAAAAGUUGCGAUUGCAGAUUGAGGUAUCGUACAUACAUAAAAUAAUUGCAGCAAACCAUUGAUUGUUGAUGUGCAUACAGUUUUUUGUUUUUCACAUAUUCAUUAUUGUAGUAGGAUAUGUGUAUUUUUAUUUUAUUUAUUAGUUCAGAAUAAUAAUUCAGGUUAAAAUAUUGUCAACUGAGUGUGAUUCCCAAUUUUGUAUGUCUCCUAGCCUUAAUUUUUCAUUAUGGCAAAUAUCUUCAUUAUUUCCUCUGUCUCCUACCCCUAGUUAUUCACUGUAGUUAUUGAUGAUAAUAUUUAUAUUGGGGCUAGAACAAAAAAGAGAUUUAGAAUCAAACCAUUACAUUGCAACCGGGAAAACCGUGAACACCUAAAAUAUGCGAGGAAUGGUUAUUGUUUUUAAGCCCAUCAAGUUUGAGGACUUCACAUGCCAUUAAACUGCAGACUGAAUGACCGUUAAAAACAUGAGUUCGGCUUAAGCGAAAUCAAAAGAAUGAAAAAUGUUCAAUUUUGCUUAAAAUGAUGUUAAAUUGUGAAAUUGGUUCCAAAUUAUCGGCCAACUAUUGAGUUGGUUUUGAUAAGUUUUCAUUGUUCAAUAAAUUGCUCCUAUUUUUUGUGGAAUUCACUUGUUUUAAUUCAGAGAAGUAGAUAAUACAGGAAUAAGUGAAGGCGCCAUACGUUAAAAGAAACAAUUGCUUUGGAGUGCUAGUGAUCAGUGAAAGGACAAAUACAUGCGCUUUUCUGUUUCCUUAUGAGUAGUAUUAGCUUAAAUGACCAGAAUUAGCUGAAAUUAAAUCAAUUGCGCGGAAAAUCCAAAGCCGACACAGUACUUGCCACGCAAACAACAGUUAAACUCAUCACCGAUAGAUGAGCUUGGGAACUGGUGCCUUAGAGGGUAGCAGGGUGCCAGAUGCCUUAGCCACAGGGAGGUAUCCAUGGCAACCCUGGAAUUCAGGAACCACCCAAUCAAAACCCUUCUCCAGGUGCUUGGCGAAUAGAGGGACUCGUGAACAGGGGUGACAUGGCACCUCCGAUUCCCAGCCUAAUCCCAAGCACCAAUAACCUAAAACCAUGGUAAACCACAACAACACAAAACCUAGAGAGGCUGGCAAGUCCCGAACAUCAGACCCAGGAAGAUAAUGAUGUGGGAACCAGAGAUGAGUGCUAAGAAGGCACUGCAGGCACUCUAAGAACCUCGUCAGGCGAACUGUUUGGAAAGGGCAGCUAAUGCUUCAGCUGGCGUCCUUAUGUAAAGCUGAUAAGUAUUGCCAAACCAGCAGCCCAUAGAUUGUAUUAAAUGGUCAGGUACUCCAUUGCGAGCUGAACAGUACAGCCCCUGUGUGAAAGUUGUGGGUGGAGAAGUUUCCUGGCACCUUAGCUUUCCCGGCAGAAGUUCCGGAGGGAUCCAAGUAGGAUGAAGCUGUGCAUUCGGAACCAACUGCCUGAAGUCCUGCUAAUGAAAAUGAGACAGUAUCAGCUAUCUGAUUGUUAACACCGGGCACAUGUUGAGCAGAAAAGGAGAACUAUGAUGGGCAGCAGCGAGAAGCAGGCUGCGCAAUAACUAUACUAAACUAGGUACUUCAGAGGUCCUAGCAUUCAGAAUAUGGACUACCACAUCAUUGCCUCUUGCAUCACAUGUGGCCCAAGACAUGAGCAACAAUGACGACUGGGAAGAGCUCCUUAGAAGCAAUAGACUGCCUGUUGAGAAGGCGCCAAAGAACCUGCAAACCAGUAACCCUUUAGAUAGGCUCCGUAACCAAGUGAACCAGCUGCAUCAGACAACACUUCGUCAUCUGCCUCUGGGACCAGACCUGGGAAAAGCCAAAAACCAACACAAUGCCAGUCUGAGAAAAAGUGGUGCCACCACAGGAGGUCCAAGUGAAAUUUCCUGUUAAGACAAAGUGGGUGAUCUCUUUUUCGAAAGCAGCAUAAAAGGUCUAAUAUAUAGAUUUAGCCACGGCUAAAAGCGAAGCUCUGGCCAAUAAUACUUGUAAACAAAAAAAAUUAAAUCUUGUAAUGCUAAAGGGGGAGGGCAAUGAAAAUGGCAUCAAGAUCAAUAGAUCUAAUUAGUAAAAAACAACAAAUUGCACGUGCAGCACACUUUUUUUCUAAUUAGCAAAAAAACAAAUUUGCACGUGCAGCACGCUUUUUUGUCUUUCAGUUGCCGUUGUUUUGCACAACUACAGCGCUGUUUUGUAGGACUAAAACGUCAAUCUUCCUAGUUACACAUUAUUUUUAUGGAGGAAUUGUCGUAUGUGCUUACUCAACAUUUUGUCUCCUGUGUUCAUGUUCGCUUUUAUUUUUCACUGCCGCUUAUUUACACCUUGCUGGCCGCCAGCAUUUCUCAUUGCCACACAUCCGGCUUUGAAUUUUCAUGUUUUUCUUCCUACAAAAUUCGUCUCUUUUGUUUUUAAUCACUCGCUCUAGCUCUUUCUCUGGAAUAACGGCGAAAAAAACACGACUUUGUUGUUGUCUUUUUCUUCCUAAAAGUCCGGGCGGCCAUGCGAAUUCUUUCCAAAUAAAACCUUGAGUUGCAUUUGGGUUGCCAUACCUGUUGAUUGAAUUAUUUUACAUUGGUAUGCCUGUGGUGCGGACGGACGGUCGGGCGGGCGGUCGGUGUACGGUCACGUGAUUACCAAAUUUUCUCGGAUGGGUAGUUUACCACAUUUCUUUACCCAUGGUGCUCCGCUGCGCGCUUCGCGCGCGAGAGCUCCGCUAUCAUGCAGCGUAAGAAGUUGUCCCAGGCCAAACCACUUUUGCUGCCUGAUGCAGAUGUCCCAUAGGAGAUUCUAGAUCCUGCCUAUUGUACCACUUUUGUGUAAGCCACAAAGUAAUAAGCUCUUUGAAGGCCAACAAUUUUUCAGUGGGGAGACAAGCAACAAUACCAAGGACUACGAGCACAGUCGAGGGGCCCACACACUUGCCUGGGUGAAGAGGCAGGCCCAAACACUUGCAGACUGCUAUAGUGGUGCUUAUGUUGUGUGCACACUGAGAUGACUCAGGGGGGCCCACAGUCAUGAAGUCAUCUAGGUAAUGAAGCAGAUCAGGGAUCUGAUAAGAAUGAACGAGGAUCCCCUCCACCAUGUCAGGUAUCAUAUUGAAGAUGAAUGGAGCUUUUUGUUGGAGUGACACCAAAGCUACUAAUUUGGAGGUUGGGAGGGGAGGGAAUCGAACAGGCCUGCCACCCUGCCCAGGGAAACCUCGUUCACUUAAUACGCAUCAAUGAUAGAGGCAUGCUGAGUAGCAGAAGCCUUGUUCCUCCUGGCAGACUUGAGCUUUUGAGUAGGGCAAAAACCCAAUUUAAACCCCUUGACGAAUUCCAUUCAGCGCAAAUUCAACCUGUUGCCGCUGGGGGUGGAGUCGCAACUCCCAGGCAAACUGCUCUGCCAGCAGAGGAGGGACUGCUGAAACUGGGGGUAGAGGAGCUGGAAAAGAACGUAAAGCAUAGAAAGGUAAAUAACUAGCCCCAUCAGAUCGAACCCUGCAAAAUAAACAGCUGGGACAGUCAACAUGGAACAACUAGUACAUGUGGUAGGCCACCACCCUGAAACAAACUAAUUAAACAAGAGUAUAAAGUGAUUAAGGAACAAUAACAAAAUCUAAAAUAAGUCCAAUAAGGCCUAGACUUGAAAGCUUAAGUCCUCCAACCUGAAACAAGCUAACGUUAAUGUAGGGCAGACACGCGACAAAGAACAAGUCCAAUUGAGUCCAUUAGUGCCUAGACUUGCUGCUAGAACGAGGAGGGGAACAAUCAACUUGCCGCUUGGAAGAAGGAUGAGAUUGGCUUGGUGGCUCAACAGGGCAAGCUCCAAUGCGGUGCGGGCCAAAGCAACUAGAGCAUUUGUGAGUGAAGCGGCAUGAUAAGGAAGGAGCAACAUAGUGGCCCCCAUUCCAGGACUGAUAGCCUGCGAGCAAGCUCUGCCAUUUGGGCAAGCCUCGCUCAUUCUCUCUUGGCGCGUGCGAGGGGCGGAGGAAAGGAGAGCUUGCAACGAUCUCUCAUAAAUUUUUAUUACCUCCCCGGAAACCCCCGGACACCGCAAAGCGUGAAAACUGUCACUGCAAACGUGCCGCAGAUUAAAAAAGUGACAACUCCCUGUCAAGUAAGUUUAGACAGCCAAGGACAUAGAAUUAUACAUUUAUAAAUCGCUUUCGCAACAACAUCAAAGCAAUGUUUUUUAUCACUUAUAUGAUUUAUUUUCCAUGGGGACACCGAACUUCAACGUGUCUGCUCAGAUAAGAACUCACUACUUUGAUUCUCGUUUCGUUUACUUUUGAAAAGUCAUCCAUACUGCAGUGUAGAAGAUAGACUGCGAGCAGUCUCUCUUUUUCUUCAGAUUUAGCAAUGCACGCUCGUGGCCAUUUGCGUGUCUCGCGUUUUGCUCGAUGGACUACAGAAGAAAGAGAGACUGCCCAUAGUCUAUGUAGAAGACCACUCCCCAUCGCAAUCACCAACAAAAACAUCAUAUAUUUGUCCGUCUGGAAUUGGAGAAUAGGGUUUUCCUGCACUUGGUUCUCUUAAGUUUUACUCCAGUUGCUUCCAAUUCUUUCUCUUUUCCUUCUUUACGGUCAAGCUACACAGCUACACUGUCAAGUACAUGUUUCUGAAUUUUUCUACCCAGUAUAAUUCAAUCGGGCGAACAAACUGAUGUUCCCAGUAUAAUUUAAUUGGGCAAAGAAACCGAUGUUGGAAGACAGCACUUGAAUCACUCUUCACUUUCACCUUCCCGGUUUUCAAAACUUAACAAGGCGCUUGACACAAACAACUACGACUGAUGAAGGGUUUUCAUUUUCCUUCCACAAGAACUACAGACGCGGUCCGACUUACCCUCGGCUCACACUGAUUCUCUUUGCGCCCAAUUACAUCAAAUGAGCCCGUCGGCUUUGAGAGCUGAAACAAGUUCUCGAUACCAAUCUGAUCCCCAUGAGAACCAAAUUUGACACACAGACGAAGCGGGUGCCAGCUUAGCCUGUUAUCAAUCAACUUUGAUUUCCGGAAUGUCAUUUUUCAGCCAAUGGUAUUUCCCUUCGUCUGGGCAAAGUACAAAUGAAAUUUUAUGAGAGCUCGUUGGAAGCUCUCCUUUCCCCUGCCCCUUGCGGCUUCUCCGCUCGCUCGCGCGUUCUCGCGAGACUCCCUUCACUCGCCCAAAUAGGAGAGCUUGCUCGCAGGCUAGGACUGACAAAUAAUGAGCAAAGACAAUGCGCCACAGGGCUCAGUUAACUCAUCUGAAGCCCGUGACGAAUUCCAUCCAGUGCAAAAUGCCCCAGCCUCAUGGAAAUGAAAUAACUGCAUGUUAAUGGUUGACCAACCUGUGAGGUUCGUUACAGCAGCGUGUUCGCAAAAAGCCCAAUCAAACAAUAACCAAACCAGUGAACUGGUGGUGAGUCUGGAGGAUAAGUAGCUAAUAUUGCAACAAAUCUUCCCAGUGAUGCGGGAAAUGGGACGAUGAAAUAAGGCAAUACACUGGAAAGGCCUCUAACGAACUGGUUUUUUGGUGUCGACGUUAGCACCAGAACAGUAAUUGAGGCUUGGGGUUCACUUAACACUAAGUUAGCAGAAAGUAGCUCGUUCAAUUCAACAAACUUUCCAGCCAUGAUCUGGCUCACAAGUUUUGCAGGAACUGGCCAAAAGCCAGGGCUGACCACGAACGGCUGAUGCAAAAUAGGUGUCUGGACCAGCCCAGAAAUACAACUGAGGCUAAGUGGAGUCACGGCGGUGGUAUUGGUGGAAGAUGUAACAGCAGGAAUCAGCAAGUGUAGAGACAAAUGCAGGUACAACAAAAUCAGGCCUAUGUUGGGUUGUGGAAGUGGUAGCAGGCAAAGUGACAGACAAAAACCAACGCCAGAGGCUGCCAGAACCAAUGCUUGGGCAUCCCAGAAGACAAAGACGAACCAGGAAUGCCCCCAAGCGGGCCUGUCAUCGGCAAGCUCAUGGCAAAACUAGCUGCAGGCGUCGCAGGCAGAUUCAAAGCUUGCAAUUUCUCGGCUGCUAGUGCUUGCUUGACAGCACUUACAGCAGAGGCCAAAAAGGUGGGAGAAAGCUAAUUUAAAGUUGGAGAUUGGGAUGUUGCUGGUGGUUCAGAUGAACUUGUACUAGGCAAACUUAAGUUUCGCUGCCAAUGUCUCGAUAUUAGCUGGAGAAAUCAUGGCAUCAAAAGCCGCCGCUUGGCUGUUGCGUUUUGACCUGGACAUCAUUAUCUUAGCAAUAAGUUUUCGUGCAAAAACAAAGGGCAAUAAAAGGCAAUAAAACUGAGCAAGAAUCUGCAAUGAUUUGCAAUAGCUAAGCUUUUAAUCUAUAAAGAUCAGCUGAUAACACUGCACGUAUAAAGUAAUGAACCUUGAAACCCUGCAAAACCCCUGGAGGCCACCCCAUAGGUCACAUACUGCAGAUUAGGAAGACCAGUGGUGGCAUUUGCUCGAAUUUAACUUUGCCUAAAUGUUAUUUAGCUACAUUUAACACUCUGUGGUGUUGAUUUCGGAUGCAUGGUUGAACAGAAAUAACAUUCUGGGCAUAUUUCAGGUGUUCACGGUUUUCCCAGUCGCACUGUAACAGAAUGUCAUUUUGAAGUACAACAUGUACAUGUAUAUUAUUGGAAGAUACUGGCUUUGCUUAUAAUAGUCAUACCGGUAUUUAUCUUACAAGAGUAACAUGAGACAUUUUUGAACACUUGAUAAGUUUUGGGUUGACCAAGUUUCACACUAUACCAUGUAGCAUUUAUCUUAUCUAAAAAACAUACCAGAUGGGCAAUAACAUUGCACAUGGACCACUUUUGGUCCAAUUUUUGAACUUUGUAGUGAUAAAGGUUUGUCUCAUUUUGUACCAUGGCUGUUAACAUUAUACUUAGAUUGGAUAAGUUGACAAGUGUAAUUUUCCCAUGUGGCUAAGUUUGAAAAAAAAAAAAUAGCCAUACUAAGUGUUCUUUCAAAUUGACCCCUGGAUUUGUUAUCUGCGCCAGCACAAAAAUUGGUCUGUUAUAGUGUGAUCAUGGCCUAAAUUACAGGUCACAUCCCAUGGCGCAGGAGAAAACUCACUGUUUUAGAAGUGAUAAGUAAACUAAGCCAAACAAUUUACCCUUGAUCUGAAACAACAUUUUUGAUAGCAAUCAGGGUCUAAUGUCCUGUUUAUCAGUCUGUAGUGUGGUGGGCUGUUUAAUAUAUUUUUUUAACUCAUGUUGUUUACAGGAUCUGUCAGCACAGUUGAGUGACUCAAGUAGGACAUCAAAAGGAAGUGUUGACAUUAAACAGCUGCAGACACAACUCGAUGAGAAAACUAGGGUAAUUCCUUCAAGUGUCUACUGUCUCUUCAAUUAUGUUUUAAUGGCAAUGUAACUAAAUGGUCAUGUCUCUAACCUGCAUAUGGACCCCUUAGAUCACCCUCUAGUGCUCUCUAGAGAUGUGUCAUUUUGCUAAAACUAAAACAUCAGUCUGACAUUUUCUCAAAAUACAAUAUUCUUCUCCUUUACCUUAGCUCUUCAGCGAAGCAAAUUCACAUGCUUUUCCUAACCACGCUACUCAAGUUGUUUGCUGCGGUGGGUGUGGGUGCAGGUCUGUAUGUCUAUCAAAUAUGACACUCUUGACCAGGUCACUGCUUACCUCCAGCAUAUCACACGCUAUACUUUAAUGGCUUAAUAGGAUUUCACUUUUUGGGAUAUACUUGCACAUCCACAAAUUGCCAGUAGCCAAGACAAAUCUGGCUAGCAACAAUGGUUAACAGAGGUUUGGAAUUUUCUAGACCUGCAUUUCCCAUUUGGUUUGCUAAGUUCCCCUGCUGAAUUUUAUGACUUUGCCAAUUCUUUCACAUUAGCUGUGCAAGACCAUGGUAGUUUUGUAGCCUGGUAUUGUGUGGCUGAUUUCUGGACCUGUGGUGACAAUUCCAUUAUCAUAUUGAGUAUGUUCUCUUAUUUCUAUGUCUGAUGUCAACCCUAAGAAGCUGGAAUUGGCACUUACUGAUUGCAAGAAUCAAUUAUAGGCAAUCUCUUCUGGGCUCCCCAAAUUUAAUCUGCCUGGAUCCCAUCAUUGUGUUACCACCUUUCACUUUCAUUCACUGCCUUCUUCACAAUCAAAUUUGACUGAACUCUGCCUUUCAGUCUUUUCUGGUAGCUUAAACAUAAAGUCUGCCCCACUGCAACAACAUAUCCCUUCUUCUGGCGGCAGACGGUUCAGCAAUUAUACAGAAAAACUUUUCACCAAUGCUUCCAACACCUGCUUUGGCAUUUAUUUUUAUGGUGCAUGGUUUCGUGGAUCUUUUAAAGAUACUGGCAUGCCUAUUGCAAGAUUACUGAAGCACCUUUGAAAAUAGGAAAACUUUUUUGCUCGCACUACAGUGGUCCCCCCCUGCUGUGAAGUAAGCAUUUAUUAGGCAAGCACCUUCUUUUCCUUUGCAGCAAUGCAGCCAUCUGCAACAUGUUGAACUCUGCUACAUGCAAAUGUCCUUAGAUUAUUUUAUUUAAAUGAUUCUUGUUCUCACUCUACAUAGUUAUACUUAAAUGAGUGCAGCUUACCUUUCGUGGAUUCUUUAAUAAUGACAUUUGCUGACUCCUUCUCAUGUUUUCAGAUGGUUUGGGUCAGAACACCCCACUUUUAUACAUCUUCUAUUCUUUUUGUACCCUUCCAUUUCGUAUUGUAAUCACCUACCAGAAUGCUAGUACCUAUCUUUCACUAGAGAGACACUAAUGAUUUCAAUUUCAAGAAGUUUUUUUAUUUAUUUUCUUUGGUUAGCCAGUAGUGUCUCUUUGAUGUGCUUGUGAACAUUAAGACUCACUCUACUUAACCAUUCCCAGAAAUGAAUUAAGGUAAAUGAAUUUUGAACUUCUAACUGGGGAAAUGCAUGGGUAUGUAUUUUGAAUUGAAAAUGGUCUGGGAUGUUUGUUUCACAGGAGCAGCAAGAACUUAAGUUUGCAUAUAACAAAGUGAGAAAGCAGCUUCAGGAAAAGGUAAUGGAAAAGCCAUUAAUUUUGGUUAUUUUUAUCAAAGUACAUAAUCCAUAUUAACUAUACAAAGUGCUCUUUGGGUAGUGGCCAAACAGUUGGGGUGAGAGGCAUGUAUUGUUAGAACCCUGACUGACCGAGCCAAAUUUGCGAGCUAGUAUCAUUGUUAAAUCAGUGUAAGUAAAUAUUAUUAUUAUUCAUUCAAAAUAUCUCCCCGUUUCUGAUUGGUUAAAACCACACGCAUAAUUCACCAUAACAAGCUACUGUUGACUGAAUUUGGCAAGAAUUUUGUCAUAUUGAACCAAUGACGUCAAAGUGACGUCAAAAGUGCAGCCUGGUUGCAGGUUAUUGUGGCCACCUUAAGGGCAGAAGAAAGUGGCCAUUGUAAAGUGGGGUCACUCCUUCUCAAAACUGACACCCCAGGCAGAUGCCUCUUUAGGAUGAACAUCUGGUGUUGGCUAGCUGCAGUUGAAUUCUGCUUUGCAACUUAUAAGCCAAACUCUCUAAUAUGUAUGUUAGGCAGGUAGUCUGAGCUGCACUUUUCGGAGGUUUUCAUCUUGGAGGUCACCUGAACUGAUUUCUUUUUUUCAAGGCUGAGGAGUUAGCUCAUUCCAAAAAGAGGCUGGAUCAACAUGAGAAUGAAGUAAGGAAACUGAGAACAAGAGUGGAGGAGUUGAAAGUUGAUUUAACAAAAGCUGAAGAUGAGGUA